AGGAGCCCAGGGCUUCGCGUAGGCAGGACCUCUGAUCCUUCCUCUCGUCCCUUCACUGAGUACCCCCUUCAGCGGGCCUUCACCGCUGGCUGCUGGUGGGACACAGUUGACACUGGCAUGGGCCCAGCCCAGCGGGAGCUUAUGGUCCCAGGGGACAGACAGCAUGGGAGAGAAGUCAGUGUGUUCUGCCUGGGGCGUCAGCCGUCUCUCUGACUCUCCCAUGCUUCUCUGCACAGGGGACCGGCCUGAGUGUCAGCCAUAUUGCGGCAGGGAAAAUUGUGUCCAUGUUUGAAGGGAAAGCGAACAGGGUCAUCGAGGCCAAGGACAUCCAUGCCAAGUGUGGCCUAGGCUACGUGCACAACAGCCACUGCCUGCCUAGUGGGGAGGUGAUGGUCAGCACCCUGGGGGACCCCAAGGGCAAUGGCAAAGGGGGUUUCGUGCUGCUGGACGCAGAGAUAUUUGAGGUGAAGGGCACGUGGGAGAAACCUGGGGCAGCUGCGCCUUUGGGCUAUGACUUCUGGUACCAGCCUCGACACAAUGUCAUGAUUAGCACUGCAUGGGCAGNGGCAGCUGGCAGCCGCUCAGCUCAAGGAAGUCUGUCCUGA